AUGCCGCUCCCGACACCGAUCCUCUCCCUGCGUCCACCGCUGCCCGAACCUCAGCACGCUCCCGCCCGGCCGUCUCGCCUCCAGCAGGAAGGACACCCCCCGCAGCUGCAGACGGGGAAGGAACCUGCUCCCAUCGCACUCUCACACCGAGUUAUCGUGGCUGUUUGUGCACAUUGUCACGUAUGUCUUUUGUCUCUUCUACAGAUGACGUGGCAGUUGAUGAUUGCUGUGGGUGUCGCUGUCCUUGGAUCCUUACAGUUUGGUUACAACACUGGGGUCAUUAAUGCACCACAGAAGGUCAUUGAGAAGUUUUACAAUGAGACGUGGUUAACGCGGUAUGGGGAGCCAAUCCAAGAAGCCACCCUGACCUCCCUGUGGUCCUUGUCUGUGGCCAUCUUCUCAGUCGGUGGAAUGAUUGGCUCAUUUUCUGUGGGUCUUUUUGUCAACAGAUUUGGCAGGCGUAAUUCCAUGUUGAUGGCUAACAUCCUCGCUUUUAUUGCUGCCAUUUUUAUGGGCUUUUCCAAGAUGGCAUACUCAUUUGAGAUGCUGAUUAUUGGCCGGUUUAUAAUUGGUCUCUACUGUGGUCUUACUACUGGAUUUGUGCCUAUGUAUGUCGGGGAAGUGGCCCCUACAUCUCUUCGUGGGGCCCUGGGAACGCUGCACCAGCUGGGAGUUGUGGUUGGAAUCCUCAUAGCUCAAAUAUUCGGAUUGGAACCAAUCAUGGGUAAUGACAGUUUAUGGCCACUUCUUCUCGGCUGCAUCUUUGUCCCUGCCCUUGUGCAAUCAGCAGCACUACCCUUCUGUCCUGAAAGUCCUCGGUUUUUGCUCAUCAAUCGUAAUGAAGAAGACAAAGCCAAAAGUGUCCUGAAAAAACUUCGUGGCACCACAGAUGUAACCGCUGACCUUCAAGAGAUGAAAGAGGAGAGUCGUCAGAUGAUGAGGGAGAAGAAGGUCACUAUAUUUGAGCUGUUCCGGUCACCUCUGUAUCGUCAGCCAAUUUAUAUUGCUAUUGUUCUACAGCUGUCUCAACAACUCUCUGGAAUUAAUGCGGUUUUCUACUACUCUACUAUGAUAUUCGAAAAAGCCCAGGUUCAGCAGCCAAUUUACGCCACCAUUGGUGCCGGAAUUGUCAACACAGCAUUUACCGUUGUUUCGCUGUUUGUAGUUGAGCGAGCUGGACGACGUACCCUUCAUCUUAUUGGAUUGGGUGGCAUGGCUGGAUGUGCUAUAUUGAUGACUGUCGCUCUUGUAUUACUGGAGCGUGUGCCAGAGAUGUCCUACCUCAGCAUUGUGGCCAUUUUUGGUUUUGUGGCAUUCUUUGAAAUUGGACCAGGACCAAUCCCUUGGUUCAUUGUCGCUGAGCUCUUCAGUCAGGGUCCUCGUCCUGCGGCUAUUGCAGUUGCUGGCCUUUCCAACUGGACUUCCAACUUUAUUGUGGGAAUGGGCUUUCAGUAUGUAGAGAAACUCUGUGGCGCCUAUGUCUUCAUUAUCUUUACAGUCCUUCUCAUCUUCUUCUUCAUCUUCACAUUCUUCAAAGUGCCUGAGACAAAGGGCCGCACCUUCGAUGAGAUUGCUUCUGACUUCAGGCAGGGCGGGGAGAGAAAUCCUGACAAGCACAAUUCUCCAGAAGAAUUCCACAGUCUGGGAGAUUCCCAAGUGUAACCGUGCACCUUUAAUACCUACCUCUUGUCACUUCCCUCUCCUUCUCUGCCCAUGUCCAUUCUGCUGGUGCAGAGGGACUUAGGGUGAGGACAGGGAGAGGGAAGAGGUCGCUCUGUCUAAAUUUUGUUGGGCAUAAUAAUAAUGCCUCUUCCUGAUGUAUUCCCACUACCUCAGGGAGGCACUGCUAGGCAGCAAACCAUUUCCAAACACCGCUCGCUGCAUUUCAAACCUUCUUGAAUAACCACAGGGUAGCUGUUCAUACUCUAGUGUUUCUUUGCAGGUUUCUUACUUGUAUGUGGAGAGAUGAAGGAUGGAAGCUCUUUUUUUAAAUAUAUAAAUACAUAUAUAUGAUUUCCUUUUUAUAAUAGAUUAUUUUAUAAUCAGCGUGAGCUUUCAGACCUACAACGCUAAGCGAGCAGAGGUGUGUUCAUCAAACCCAUCAUGGACUCUUGUUUACAUACUGUAGUUUUUUUUUUUUUAUCUUUUCUGUGACUGUAGAGGAGAGGAGAAGCAUAGAGGCUGCAGAGAAUAAUAACACUAUAUGGUGGCAUUACUGGUUAUGGAGUAGAGGCUGCAGAGAGUACAGACUUAUGCAGGAAGAGGCUGCAGCGAGUACAAACACAUAGAGAAAGAUCUUAAAUUAGAAUAUGAGAGUUCUCAAUGUUUGUGCCUUCAGAUGAUGUAAGAAACAAUAUAGACUAUUAGAGGCGCUCUGUGUAUAGUCGCUGUCUUACUACACACGUCUGACCUUCUUGCUUUUUGCCCAUUCUUCAAGUCUCCAGUGCCUGUACUGACUUCCAGAUUUCACUUCCAUUAGAUUAUUUUAAUCUAGCAUCAGGUUUUUCAGCUGACACCUAUGUGCAAAUUCACAUGGUACAGGUUGUAUAACCUUUUUGCCAUUCCAGUUGUGUUUCAUCAUUGCACAGGCUGUUAGGUACACAGUAUUCUUUAUCGUGACAAUUAAUAGGGCUAUUUAUGUUAGAACUAAACAGCAGACAGAAUGAUGAUCCCAUUCACCUGGUCCUAGAAGUUGAAGCUGGAACAGACCCUCAUUUGAAAUGCACUGAUUAUUCUUCUACACACUGUUGGGCGAGGUUACCCAGCACUGAGAAAGACAGCAAGGGGUAAGCUUCGGGGAUAAUGACAGCAGCACUGAUGAUGUUACAAAGGCUGUGACCCCGCUGUGGGUGUUCCAUGACUCCAGCUUUACAGUGACCAUGAUCAGUCCAGAAAUACGCUGGACAGGUAGAGAAUUCGCCUUAACCGUAUGCUUGUGUUUCUUCCUAAUAGCGGUCGAAGAGGAAGCAUUUUAUCUCAUGCAGCUUCAGGCUCACCUCCCCAUCUACCCACAGAGACACAUUUCUUUGUAUAGUUUUGCAGAUAUAUAGUUACUGUAUGUAUUGUAGUUACACCGUGGGUUUUGCACAGUAGCUUAUGAUACGUAUAGGUCAAUUUUUUUUAGCUGCAAUGUUAGUGUAAAGCAUUUUAUUGUCUAGAAGAUACUUUUAAAUUAAUUUUUUAUUUGAUUUCCACCAUAGACUUUGUUUCGUGUGCUUGUGUUUCUUCCUAAUAGUGGUAGAAGAGGAAGCAUUUUAUCUCGUGCAGCUUCAGGCUCACUUCCCCAUCUACCCACAGAGACACAUUUCUUUGUAUAGUUUUACAGAUAUUUAUAUAUAUAUUUAUAGUUAUAUAUAUAAAUAUAUAUUUUUGUUGGAUGAUGUUACUCUCCAGGUGUAAGUUGUCGUAUGCCUGACGCUGUUCUGUAAAUACUGUAUGUAUUGUAGUUACACCGUGGGUUUUGCACAGUAGCUUAUGAUAAGUAUAUGUAAAUUUUUUUUAGCUGCAAUGUUAGUGUAAAGCAUUUUAUUGUCUAGAAGAUACUUUUAAUUAUUAUUUUUUAUUUCCACCAUAGACUUUGUUUUGUGUACUGAACAUGGAUUUUACCUGUUUCAUGUGAAUUAUGGACGUGUUACACAUAAAUGGUUUUAAAAAGUAUUUCCUUAUGUCCAGAUAUGUUAUGUAGAGUGCUAUACAGUGAAUAGAUAUAAUAAAAAUGGCCACCCGUGAUCUCAAGGAGACCGUUAUUACUUUACUGACACAGUGGCUGAUGAAUUUAUAUACUGUAAAAAUAAAUAUUUGGGGGGAUUUGCUGCCAAAAAUCUAUUAUAAAAACCAAUCACCCCAAGCAGUCUGAGAUUGAUUUGAGUUGAAUUCCCAUCGCAUUGAUCAGUCCAUGUCCAUGAUUUAUUAUAUGUGUGCACAGAAUCACUUUGCUAGCAGUGUACUGUAUUAAUCCGGCAUCCUUGUGGUUGCACAUGCUGUACUACAUGGGAAUGUUACACACCUUGCGAUCCGAAAGUGAUGACAUGUUUCGAGAAGCUGGUGGCAUAAUGUUUUUAAAUGACUAAUAUUGGCGUGUUUGUGUGUCGGCAUCUAUGUCUCUUGUCACAGGGUAUAGCUCCUUAUUCAUGACUUUUAUUGUACUGUUAGUUUUUUUUAUUUAUUGUCCGUUUGUAACACAAACCUCCCUCAAUAAAAGUAACAAAUUAUAACA